AUCGAGAGUGCCAUUAAAGGCAUGGGGUGAGAGGUGUUUUCAGAAGAUAGGUGAGACAAUCGGAGAAGUUCUAAUGAUCCAUGAGGACACAAAGAAUAAAUCAAUCUUAUGGGAUGGGAGAGUAUUGAUUUUAUGCACAGAGUCUAGGAGAAUUGCAAAAAGAAUCAAAUUGAAGGUAGGAGAUCAGCUGUAUGAAAUAGAGAUAGCAGAGGAGGAGUGGCGGUUAGAUCCGGACUGGUGGUUGACGGAGAAUGAUUGGAAUAAUGAUCAGAAAAUGGAGUCCGAUGAUUUCUCGGUAGCGUGGAGUCAGAAUGAAGACCCGGAAAUGGGUGUGGAUGUGAUUUGUGAUGGCGAUGAUGUGAGGAGUGGGCCGAAUAAAAACAACAACCAUGGACAGACAAAAGAAAUGAACAUAGAAGGGCCUAUAUUAAUCACCCAAAACCCAGAAGCUGCAUCAGAUUCGCAGAAAAUAGAAAACAGAGCUUCAAAGAGCAAAAAGCAACGACUUAUCCAAGAUUGUUACCCAGAAAGCAUGGAGGAGAUUUGGGCGAAGGGGACUCCGCUGGUAACACCUAGAACAAGUCUGAGACAGUCACGAAGGGUGGGUGACCGAAAAGCAAGGGAAGACAAGGUACGCUUAGAGGGUAGUAUGUCUAUUUCGGAUGGGGAUAUUGUAAAUAGAAAUAGGGUGAUUCAAAGGAAGAUGAAUUUGUAUGAGGUGCGCCGGAUGAUGAGGGUGGGAAAGAGGUUGGGUAUCCAAUUUGAAGAUGAUGAUGAGGAAUUACAAUAUAGGUUGAUAGAGGCAGAGGAUCGAGAAAAGGGGUUUGGGUGGGACGGUGAAGAGGAAGGAAGUGGACGCUAUACAUGGUAUAAGCCAGAUGGAACAGCAAGGAGCAGAUUGGACAGAUUCUUGUUGAGUACUGAGAUGAAUAAUAUGGGAGGAGAAUGGAUUCAGCAGGGGCUGCCAAGAAACAUUUCUGAUCAUUGUGCAAUGGUUUUGAAGUCCAAAUCAUCAGAUUGGGGACCAAGGCCUUUUAGAGUCUUAGAUGCUUGGCAACAACAUCUAGAAUUCAAGAAGGCUGUAGAAGAUAAGUGGAGAGAGAUGGCAGUGGAGGGGUUUGCAGGGUAUAAAUGCAAACAAAAGUUAAAACUGUUAAAAGAGUUCUUAAAAGGAUGGAACAAGGAAGUAUUUGGAAACAUGGAAGCCCAGUAUGUGCAAGCUGUUAAAAAAAUAGAGCAGGUUGAUAUGCAGAACGAGGUAGCUGACUUGGAAGAACUUGAAAUUGUUAAAAGGCAGGAAGGCUUCUCUGAGAUGUGGGAUGUUCUGAGAAAAAGGGAACUAAUCUGGAAGCAGAAGUCAAGGAGUAGGUGGAUACGAGAGGGUGAUGCGAAUACCCGUUUCUUCCAUAAUGUGGCUAACGGGAGAAGGGCACAAAAUAAUAUUGCAGGCUUAAUGAGUGAUGGGGUGUGGAUUGAAGAUCCAGAAGCAGUCAAAAAUGAAAUUGUCAAAUAUUUUAGAAGUUUGUUCCAAGGUGACCCAUGGAAUAGACCCAAGCCCGGCGGUAUUAAAUUUCAAAAGAUUUCAGGGGAGAAAAAAGAAUGGCUAGAAAGACCUUUUUCGGUUGAAGAAAUUGAGGAAGGUUUAAGGAGCUGUGAUGGUUCAAAGGCUCCGGGACCGGAUGGGUACAACUUCAAUUUUCUUAAAUUUGCGUGGCAUUGCAUAAAGGAGGAUUUCAUCAGUUUUUUCUCGAAGUUUCAUCGGAAUGGUAAACUGGUGAGGGGUCUAAAUUCUUCUUUUUUAGCUUUGGUCCCUAAAAAAUUGAAUGCUGCGAAUUUAAAGGAGUAUAGACCCUUAAUUUAAAAAAUUAAGUAUUAAUACUUCGAUUUUACUCUUAUAAAAAAAGAGAUAGAAAUACAUUAGAAUUUUUUUUUGUUUAAUUGUAAUAAAUGAUAAAAAUGUAA